ACAGGGAUUGCUAGGGUUCUGCAAGGAGAGCCGACGGGUUGCACAAGAAGUAUCAACGAGGUUCUACGAAUAGAACAACGAGGCCUGCCAGAAGUACCGGCCUGCUGGGCUUCAUAGAAGUCCCAACGGGGAUUACAAGGACUACCGACUGGGAGUACGAGAAGUACCGACCUGCUGGGCGCUUAUCAUGCGCUUCUGCGUGUGGGCUUCUUAUGUACAUGCCACUGCUCGAGAAGACACGGUCACUGCUCGUGAGAGACAUGGACACGCCAUAAACGCGACCGUGGAGAAGCAGUACUAUACGCGAUCGUGGAAACUGGAUGCGUUUUCAGGGAUGGAAGACGCGUAUGCAUCUUCGGGGGAGGAAGACCUGCGGGUGGGAAGACAGUGCAAUGUGACCCCUAGGUAUCACCGACGAGCACGAGCGCUUCUCAAUGCAUGCACCGGCAACGCAUCGCCAAGGCGGCCUCCUGAUGCCCCCCGGGAGAACGUCAGUCUCGAGGGGGAGGUCCCAUCGCAGGCUGACGCUCCCGGCAUCACAGCUCGAAGCAUCCACUGUCGCUAGAUCGCGGGACGAUUGUUGCGCCAGCGGCGGAGCAGAUCCUUGCGACCGUGACUUGGUGGACAGGUGCGAACACUCCAUUGUAC